GUCCAUGUCCCACAAAACCCUAACCUCGUAAUCUCUCAACAGCCUAUAUAUACAAUCAAAUCUCAGCCUCUAAGUUCACAUCACAGUCACCAACAAGCUCAAAACAAUCUUCCCAGUUCACAAUCUAGCAAAGAAAUUAAUUAACCAUGAAGUGCAGCUCAGUGAUUUGUGUGUUGGCUGUUGUAGCCAUGGUUCAGACGUUCAUGGUGGUGCCAGGAGAGUCCCUGAAGCUAAGCUGUGGGCAAGUGAACUCGCUCAUGUCAGGCUGCAUCCCGUUCUUGACAGGAUCGACGACAACUCCGUCAGACGUUUGUUGUUCAGGGGCAAGGAAUUUGGAAGGACUUACACAAAGUGUCUCCGACAAGAGAGCUGCAUGCGAAUGUCUGAAGACAGCCGCCAAUAGUAUGCCAAAUUUGAAGGAUCAGGCUGCUGCCUCACUCCCAACUCAGUGUGGUAUUGUUAUGAACAUUCCCAUCUCCAGAAACAUCAACUGUAACAGCAUCAGCAGAGCUCAAGGCAAUGGGAACUAAGAAAUAAUAAAGAAACAUAAGUACUGUGAUGGGCGUCUCCCUUCUUCUAUAGUGUAGUUAUAAAUAAAUAAAUAGAAGGGGAUUUACUUGUGUGUGUGCUAGGGCACACUACUUGUUCCUUAUCAUAAUAUUGUAACUGUGAUGAUCACAAAUAUAUGAAAGCCUCUUUUCUA